AACAAAAGUAGGUUAUGAUGAGCUGAACUGUUGUCAAAGUUUGUUUAUUUUUGUUAAAUAUUUCAAUAUUUUGGUAUAUUAUUAUAUAAAUACUCCAAAAAAUGUCCCCCGAAAAUAGUAAUAACCCUCCAAGCGUGGUACGUCGUAAGAAAAAUCAGAAAAAAAACUUCAACCAAAAUGGAAAUUUUUUUGAGUUAAACUCAGUUUCUCAUUGUAACUAUCUACCAGUGCCUUCCCACGCAUGCAACUUGAAUUUACCAAAUGUGUCGAAUUAUCCAGUCACAAACGGUAUGAACAUUCAACAGCUGAUGUCUUUGUCCAAUCACUCUUUAAGUUGUGGAAAUUUUUUGUCUAAUAUGAGUACCCCAAAAACACUUCAUGGCUCAGAAUUUAAUGAAGAUGUUGAGUAUUCCAGUUUACCAGCUGCUCACAUGCAACCAGACGAAGUUGCAAUGAAGAGACGUUUCUCAGAUCCUGGUUUGCCCAAUGAUAGUGAUUCAAGUACAAAUUCCAUAGAAGACAGUGUAGUGCAUAAGUUAAAAUCUCAAAUUAACUCUUUAAAAGACAGCAAUCGCCGUUUAUCUAGAGAAGUUAUGGAGCUAAAAGUAGAAAUGAAUUUAUUAAAGCAACAAAAUAGUUUUAAGCAGUAUGAUAGAGAUUAUGAGCCUGGUGUAUUAGCAGAUAUAAUACGAGAAGUUCGGGAUGCAGCUAGGGUACGAGAAGAUGCUUUUUUAGCUAGAGUUAAGCAUAUGUUAGAAGAGCAGCAACAACAAUUAGGUUUGAAUCACAUGCAUUUUCUAUCAGAAAAACAUAAGAAUAAUGAAAGAAUAUCUAAACUGGAAGAACAAUUAAUGAACCAUAAUUUAUCAGGUCAUAGGCAAGAAGAAAGUGUAUCCUUAAAUGGUUCUAAUAGUUCUAAUACUGCCCGGCAAGUGAUUGAAUUAGAAAGGGAAGCCCUAGAAUUACGACGUGAACUCCAAGAUACCCGAGCUAAGAAGGAGGCAUCAGAUCAAAAAGUAUUACAGUUAGAUAAGAAGCUUUCCAAUUUAAUGCGCAGUAGCGACAUGAACAACUCAGAUAUUUCCGAUGAAGCUAAGACGGCCUCCAUAGAAAGUCUCAGCACGAGCAUCAUCACCAACGCCUCGUCAGUAUCUCAUAGUAAUUCCAGAAUCACUUUGACUGGCCCUGUAACUGAUUUAUAAUACUUAAUAAUUAUUGUAAUAAUAAGUCGAAUUUAAUUGAAACAUAUCGUCGAAGUAAUAAGAAUAACAUUCCUAUUCGAAAUAAUAAACCUAAAACGGUGAUAUGUACUAUAGUAUGCGGUCUACCCCUAGGAUGCGGUCCCUCUGUGCGUAUUAUAGGGUGCGAUAUACCGAUCGGAAAAUUUAUGAAGGAUUCGCGCAAAAUAAUGAAAUGCAAGAAAACUCUUGUAGAAAAAAAUGUUUAUUCACAAUUACUAAAUAUUUGUAAACAUAAUGAAAGGGGACUAAUGAUUUACAAAAAAAUAUACUCCAGCUAUUUAUACAAAAAAUUCUAUGUAGCCUAAUUAUUUACAAAUCGAAAAAGCCUAAUUAUUAUUAAAGAAAAAUAUCAUGUACCUUAAUUUAAAAGAGAAAUGCAGUAAAUGAUUCUGGCUUAAAAAAGUCAUGCAAGUACCCUAACCAAGAAGAUUAUGGUGUUAUUUAUUGGGACCCUGCAAGUUCGGCAAAGCGACAUCUGGUUUCUACGCUCAGCAACAUUAUUCGCACUUUUAAUUAUAUUGGCCAAUUAUAUUAGUCAUGGUUACUGGAUAAUUGUCAAGGCCAUAGUCAUUGUCAAAAAAUAAGAUUCAGGUUAUGUUAUUAAAACGUAAACAAUUGUAUGUAGUAAAUAAAAUUAGUUAUUAAAAUGCAGUACUGCAAGCAAAAUACAAUUAAUUAAAUUUACCUUUAUAUAAUAAUUGCACAUCAUAUCAAUAUCGUGGAGCAAUAUAUAAUUUUUAUUCUUCAAUGACAGUAACUAUGAAAUAUCCGUCAAUUUGACAAUUUCAAUUGACAAUAUGAAUUAUUUAAGAAAGUUGCAAUAUUUCUCCGCUAUUCUCGCACGAUAGUUUCUCGUAUCCCCUCUAAGUACUUGCACACCGCGAAUAUAAUAGUAUAGAAAUAAGUGUAUUGUGUAUUCCUACAAAAUGUUGAUUACUACCUAGCAAUAAACAUUUUGCCUAAAAAUGGACUUUCAUAUUGUGUGCAAACCCUUCAAAGAAAAGCUUAUGGUGUUGUUUAACCUUACAUAUAGACCGCAAGCUAUAACAGAAAAGCUACGGUAGACCGCAUACUAUAGUGGCAGCCCUAAAACUAUUAAUGAAGUUAGGUGGUAAUAUUAGCAAAAGGAGGGUCUGUUUUAUAUCAUUGGGUCAUGUUUUUACUUUUUAUUAGAAGUAGGUAAAUAAAUAAAUAUUUUUUAAUACUGUACCUUUCGAUUAGGCUUCCGUGAAAAAAGAUAUUUCUUUAUAUUUAUUCUAAUCAUUUUUGUUCGAUGAUUCAUUCCCUUCCUCGUUUACAUUAGCUUUUUACAGUUAGGCCUCUUUUGGCGUCCUUUUUUUACCGAACAAGAGACCUUCAAUAAACGGACAUCCUUGUAUAAUAUGUAAGAUGAUAAUUUGGCUUCAUUUGCUGUUUCUCUAGUUUUUUCUGCUGUUAAUUUUUGAUUUCAUGUAAAUUUAUGAAAUGCAAGUAAAAAGGCAGGUAGUACAAUCAAUUGUUACAAAAAGUAUGAUUUGUCUGGUGGUAUGUACCUAUACUCCAUCUAAUUUACUUACCGUUGCACGUCAUCCGCGUCAUAACCUUAGACGUCACAUGAAAUAUUUAGGCGGUAGGUGUGUUCUUUUUUAGAAUCACUUUGCCGAGUACACUGAUGUUAUAGCCACUAUGCAUAUUUUAUUAUAUACGCGUAGAAAUAAUAUUUAAAGAUUUCUAUUAAUGUUAACUUAAAGAAAUACACAAUAAUAUGUUUCAUUUAAUUUAUAUAAAUGGAUUAUAAAGCCUUUUUUUGAAGCACAUGUGUUCGGAAUACACUGUAACUAUAAUCGAACGAAGGUGAUAUUUUGGCAUAAAUUGGUAACAUUUAUUUGACUGUUGCGGUGAUGACACUUCAUAUUUGUUUAUAUUCUUUACUAUAAGUAUUUGUUUCAUUAUAUUUACUGUUUUUAUUAUGUAUUUUAACGUAAGAUUAUAAAUUAAUUCUUGUUUUCUAUUUCUAAAGUUUUUAUUUAUUUACAUUGAAUAUUAAUUUGUUUUGCUGUAUAAUCCACUUCCGUAAAAAUUGUGUGAUGUAUUUGAUUUAAAAUGAAUUUAAGAAUUUUUUGUAAUUGGGCAACAAUGUCAACUUGAUCUCUAACGUAAGUAAUGACGUGCAACUGUAAGUAAAUUAGACGGACUGUACACAUAUGAAUUCAGUAGCGAACUCUCUUACACCAGAUUGGUGUCCGUAGUCUCGAAGGACCUUAGAAGCAUAUUCUGUGAAGUUGGUGAUGGGACUGCAGGGUUGGCAAUCAUCAUGAUUAGUCGAAAUAUGUUCAUUGCUGCCCUAAAAAGCUGGUUGUGGUUAGACGAUCAAUUAAACCACUCUUUGAUAUUGCGCAGAUAUGACAUUCGUCGGCUUUCAACGCUUCGCUUUCCUUGCAUGAUAUUAUGUAGAAGCUGAUAUUUUGUUCCUUUCAUCACGUGGCCAAGAUGUUAUAGUUUUCGUAUCUGUAUUUCAUUACUCAGUUGUGUUUCUUUUGAAAGUCUUCGCUAGGCUUCUUCAUCGUGACUCUGUCUACGUAAGUUAUUCUCGGGAUUCUUCUGUAAAGCCAUAUCUCCAAAACUUCCACUUAUCUCAUCAUCGCUUUAGUUAGAGUUGCUGGCUCUAUACCGUAUAAUAGGAUAGUGAAUACAUAACAUCUAACCAUACGCAUUUUUAUGUCGACCAGGGCCACCGCUACCAUGUGUGCAAAGUGUGCGUCGCACACGGGCGGCCGAUUAUAGGGGCGGCCAAAAGCAGUCCACUGAUGACUGAUGAUAAUUUUUUUAACGAAAAUAAAUUCAAAAACAAAUAGUAAUGAUUCAGAUAUUUCUACAAACUCUAAUAUUCCAAACAAUCUAAACAAAAAUGCCAGAAAAUGUUAUUUAUUAUAUGAACUGCCUUUUUGCAGCUGUAAUCAUAAAGUAGUUCCGGGAAUGCUUUUUAAUUCAAAGUGGCUGCCGGUUUUCGGGCUUCUAAUGAUAUUUUUAUCUACGUGGUCCAUAUGCGAAUUUUUCACGUUCUGAACAUUUAUUAUUUGUUAAGAGGCAUUUAUUAUUUUAUAACACGACAAUAGGCCACUUUCAGAGAAUUUAGAUAAGUGCUUGUUAAGUUGCUCUCAUUGAGUAAUAAAAAACUCUUUUUUAUUACUCGAUGGUUUGAAACAUCUUUUUUAUUACUCGAUGGUUACUCUGUUAUAAUAUUGUUCCUUUGUGCUUAUGUAUGUAUGGCUAUAGAUGGGUUAUAGUUCAGUCUAAGUUGAGAAUUUGAUGAUUUUAGACACGCUUUUGAUAAACGAUGUUGUUUUUAAUAGAUGUAUAUGUAGUAGUGUGCCCGUUUCUUUUCACACUACGGUAUUUCAAAUAGGCCUGGAACCCGCGUGCCAAAAAAAGUCGAUUAAUAACAAGCUGAAAAUUUGUUAAUAGCUUAACAGUGUCUAGUCGUGCAAACUUUGAUGUACGGGAACACUGGAACAGGGGAAGUUUUAAUUGUGGAACAGUUUAAAAAUUUGGAACUUCAGAUUACGAAGACGUCCCAUGUAUUUUGUCGGACAGAACAUCCAAUUAAUUUGUUACCCUUUCAUUGACCUCUCAUGCAAAGAUCAGACUGCUAUUACUAACCAACAUGAUUCCUGUCAUUUGACAUGUUCUUCGUGUUUCACUCAUUAAAAUGCCCAGUUGGUCAUAGACACCAGUCUGAUUUUUGCAUGAGAGUUUAAUGAAAUGGUAACAAAUCAAUUGGAAGUUAUGUCUGACAAAAUACAUGGAACGUUUUCGUAGUCUGACGUUCCAAAUUUUUAACCUGUUACACAAUUAAAACUUCCAGUGUUCCCAUACAUCAAAGUUUGUCCGACUAGAUACCGGUAAACUAUUAACAAAUUUUCAGCUUGCUAUUAAUCAACUUUUUUUGGUACGCGGGAUCCAGGUGUCUAAAAGUAACGUCGAGAUCAGAGCAAUUAUUUUUCAUAUACUCGUUACGGUUACGAUGUAUCUCCUGCACAUUUCUUUAAAUACUAGUACCUAUGUUGAAACGACUAAAGUGUUAAAAGGGGGCGGCAAAUAUUAAGUUGCACACGGGCGGCCAACACUUUAGCGGCGGCCCUGAUGUCGACACUUAAAAUUCUGUUGCAAAAAUUGUUACAUUUUCUUAAACGAGUUACGUGCAGAAAAAAACGAGUUUUUUUCUCCGCAAAUUUAUCUGUUUAUCUGAUCAGCUCUUUAAAUUUUUAUGUUCCAUAUAGUUAAGGCUAUGGGUACAUAAUUCGCAAAUAUUUUACGUGUAUCCCUACUUUUUCUGUCUUUACACGGCAAAUUACGUGUAGUAAAAUUCACACUGGUGUGGAUAUGUAAACAUUACUAGAAUGUCAUUCUACUUGAAAAUGUCAUAAUUAAUUUAAAGAGAUGGCUUUUGAAUGUUCUUGGAUAACUGUUAUUUUUAUAAUUGCAAAUUAUUAAUUCAAUUAAUAAAUGUGAUAAUUUUUUCACUAACUAUGUUUUCAGUGAUUGUAAUAAUUUAUUUGUACAACAAAAACUAAUAAUCAAUCGAGAAAAGAGGAAAAAGGAACGCUUACAUAAUUGAACAUCUCUAACAACAAAAUACUUGGAUCACAGGAUAUAUCUGAUGUAUUCUCUGCUUGGAUCUUCCACAAAUAAUACACAAUAAAUAACUUUUUAUUAAGUUCACGUCUUAAAUCAAUUAUUUAUCAAAUACACUAAUUUAAUCAAUUUCUCAAAAUAUUCCCGAUGCAAUGUCAAAUAUUUAAAAUUGUCACUGAUUGUCAGUGUCUGACUGACAAUAUAUGCUGACAAUAUUAUAUUCGGUUGAGUGCGUUGUAAGACAAAGACAGAUUUGGAAAAUAUUACCACGGCAUUGUGUUCAUUUUUUUCAAAUCCUGAAAAAACCAAUAAAUAUUUUUGAAAAAUUUAAACGCAGAAUGAAAGACUAAAUUAUUACCGAGGGCCGAAAGUCCCUUAGAAUAAAUAAAAAGUUUAUUUUGAAUGAGAUAUUUGAAAUUAAAAAUCACACUAAAUUUUCUCUUAGUUUUUUCACCCCUGUAACUUAUUAAAAUAAACAUUAUAGAAGUUCUGAGGGACUUUCGGCCCUCGCUAAUAACGUAAUCUUUCAUUCUGCGUUUAAAUUUUUCAAAAAUACUUAUUAGUUUUCUCAGGAUUUGAAAAAAAUGAAUCCCCAUUUGAAUAGCAUUGCAGCCGAAAAUACGUACCGAUCCUCUUAACAUUCAAUAUGAAAACUAUCUAGGUCGUUUUAGAUCAAUUUUUUUUAUAAAUUUAAAAUUUUUAUUUCUUUAUAUUAUGUAAGUAUCCAUUCACGAACUUUUAUCAUAACAAGAAUUUAAAAACGUGAAUAUAAAUACAUGGUGAGAAUAUGACUCAGUGAUACUAAUAAAAUAAUUUAUUAGAAAUUAACAAUAAAAAUGAUUAACGUAGGUAUUUAUAUUUGCUUCUUUAUUUUUAAACUUUUUUUUAGAUAUUAAUAUACAGUUGGAUACUAUCGGCUGUACAAAUUUUUAUGUAAGUAUCUUUAAAAUAUAAUUCUAAAAAAUAUAUUUAGGGGUUUGUAUAUUACGUAUUCACACAAAGUAUUCCCAACUAUGAACAAAGACAUAGUAAUUGAAUGUUAAAGAUUUCGUCGCUAGUGUCAGAUUUAGCGCUUUUCAACGAACAUAUAUAAUUUUUUUUAUCCAUAAAUAAAGAACUUAAUAUCACUUACAUGGCUGCAAAACACAAGACCCAAAGUAGUUCUUCAUACAACAGCCCGAUGUAAAAGUCCGAUUAGUCCAGGUCGGAUCUGUUUUGAGAUGGACGUUGAGAGGUGACUCUAAUUUUUUUAUAGAAAUUGCUUGGAAUUAACUCAUAUAAUAAUAAUUGAAAUAUCCUCCCACUCAAAAAGGUCCGGACCAUUGUUUAAAUAAUCAAAACGUUAAAAAAUGAAGGAAAAAUUUGAUUUUUUUCUUCGUUUUUUGAUUAUAACUUUAAAAGUAUUGACUUGAAAAGUUGCACUAAAAUAAAAGUUGCGUAAUUAAAUUUCCUACAAUAUAAGAUUGGUUAAAAAUUUUUAAAAUUGUUACCCUUGUUGCAAAAUAGCAAUGAUUGCGAAAAAAAGCAUAAAAAACAAGUAUUCGCAUUUUACGUUUUUCAACCAGUUUUGCUACACUUAGGACCUUCAUAUUUCACCCAGAAAAACUUUAUGAUAUGAUAAAACAAUACUGUAAAUUUAGUUAAGAUCGGUUCAAUAGAUUUUGCAAAAUAAAUUUUGCAAUCCAGCUUUCGCAAAAAAAUUCAUUUUUUCAAAAUGUUGCAGGACUGAAAAUAAAGCAGAUAGCAAGUUAAUUUUUUUACAAAUUGAGGUUAAAAGCAGUUUUUUAGAAAUUGAAGAAUGCUGUACCUUUCAUUUGCAAUUUGCAAAAUUAAAAUCGGUUAACUACCACGGCGUCAGGAAUUUUUGAAGUUAUACUUCUUUAGGCGCGAUUGAGAGUGAAUUUUAAUUUUUCUGCGCGCAUGCGCACACAGACAGUAUGGACUUAGUUGCUAAAUCUUUCAAUUUAUAUAGAUAUGUAUCAGCGCAAAUAAGGUGCAAAACGAAUAUAUUAGUGUUUUUAGUAAAUAUAUUUAUUAUAAUUUUUGUGUCUCUGGAUUUGUCUUCUUCGGGGGUAAGAUAAUAAGUACAGUAAAACCUCGAUAUAACGGACUAAAUGGGGAGACGAGGUGUCCGUUAAUGCCGAAAGUCCGUUAUAUAAAAAUAGGUUUAAAAUAAAUCAAACAACUUUUUUUAAGUUGUAUUUGCACUUUUGAAGUUUGCUGUUUUUUUUAUAAUUAGAAAUGCAUCCGCACAAUGCUAUAAUAAAAAUUUUAUUGAAAUUUUUUGCAAAAUACAGAGACGUUUUGAAUUUUUUUCACAUUUGACCAGAUUGUUUUGUCCGUUAUAUCCGAAGUCCGUUAAAUAUCCGAAAUAAAUUUUUAUUUUAUACUUCACGUGAUCUAUUUGUCACCAUCAUUGUAAUUAUGUCCGAGAAGCACCAUCAUUACACAGAGCCGUGGUAGGUCAUUGGUAGAUCAUUCGACUAGAGAUCGAAAGGCCCCGCGGUUAAAUCCGGACAAUUCAUAUUUUUUUUGGUAUUGUUUUAAUAAAAAAUUUUUGAAAGUGGUAAGUAUUAAAAUUAGUUUGUUAUUUAAAUAAAAUACAAAUAAACUGUUUAAGUAUAUUUAUUUCGUUGAAAUCAUAUAAUAGAAGUAUAACUUUUUACGUGCGUACAAAGUACACACACAUUCUUUUUUUUUUAAAUAAACAUUAAUUUUUUUUGCUACGCGCAGGACAGCGGCGUUCGAUUCACACAAGUUGAUUUCCACCAAAAUGUCUUGAAAACUUUAACUAAUAUCUUAUAUUCUUACUCUAUAUUUUGUUGUAUGUUCAUAUUUUAAUUCCACAAAAAUCAAACUAAUUUGAUUAUUGUUUGUGAAAAAUUGUUUAAACAAUUGCAUAUGUUUAAAAAUAAUACACUUUUAUUUUAUAAGUUAAAACAUAUGAACAAAAAAAGUUUUUGCUAAAAAAUGUGUUAUUUCAAAGGACACAGUGUGUGUUUUUAUUUUGCAAUAAACAAAUUUAUUUAUUUAUUUCGAAAUGUACUAAAAAUUAAAAUUUAUCAAAGGUCAUUGAAAUGCCCAAUCAAAGCGAACGUAUCCGCUGUCCUGCGCGUAGCACAAAAAAUUAAUGUUUAUUUAAAAAAAUUCCUGACGCCGUGGUAGUUAACCGAUUUUAAUUUUGCAAAUUGCAAAUGAAAGGUACAGUAUUCUUUUAUAUGUAAAAAAAAUUCAACUUGCUGUCUAAAGCCUGCUUUAUUUUCAGUGAUGCAACAUUUUGAAAAAAUGAAUUUUUUUUGCGAAAGCUGUAUUGCAAAAUCUAUUAAACCGAUCUUAAUGAAAUUUACAGUAUUGUUUUAUCAUAUCAUAAAGUUUUUCUGGGUGAAAUAUGAAUGGUUGAAAAUCUUAAAAUUCGAAUACUUGAUUUUUUAUGGUUUUUUCGAAAUUAUUGCUAUUUUGCAACAAGGGUGACAAUUUUUAAAAUUUUCAGUUAAUCCUAUAUUGUAGGAAAUUUAAUUACGCAACUUUUAUGUCGGUGCAACUUUUCUCGAAAAUGAAAACCUUUAAAGUUAUAAUAAAAAAACGAAGAAAAAACUCGAAUUUUCCUUCAUUUUUUGACAUUUUUAUUAUUUAAACAAUGCUCCGGACCUUUUUGAGUGGGAGUAUAACACAAAUAUUAUUAUACGAGUUAUUUUCAAGCAAUUUCUGCAAAAAAAUAUGAGUCCCCUCUCAACAUCCAAAUGUACUAAUAUUUUUACAGAUGCGCUCUGUGCCCUGGUCUUGAUGUCUAACUGUUAAUCCUCGAAUAAUGUACAAUAAGUACAUUACUGUACUAAUAAGUAUUUGUUUUACUUGGGAAUUGAUUGUGUGAAAAUUGUGCUUAUUGUAUGGUAUGCCACAACGAUUUAGCUAUGUUGCAGUAUUUCAUAAACUGAUAAUGUAAUUUAUACAAAAUAUUCGAAAGUAGCCAAACUGCCAAUACUGUUAUUCCAUUUAUAUUCAUAUUUAAUUUAAAGCCAUUACUAUAUAGUUAAUAAUUUAUUAAGAAUGUCUUAUAAAUAACGCUUUUUGUAGACGUUGGUUUAUUCACUGAACUGACUGUCAAGAGACUAACAUUCUUUGAAUAAGAUUUGAAUGAAGAUAUCCUACUGUCUUGAUAUCCUAGUGAGGUGAUUUCCCACGAUACAUUUUGUAUUGAUAAGUUUAUCAGUUUGCGGUAUAUUGCAAGAAUUAUCUUAUAUGAACUUGUUUUAAACAAAAUCUAUUAAAAAAUUUAAGAGCCUAAAGGACACUAAGACCUAAAACAAUAUCACGGUUGUGUCUUAUUAUUACUAUUUAUACACAUGUAUCACUUUUUAUUUUUAAUUUGUUUCAUUAUAUUGAAAUAUAAAUAUGUAAAAGAAUAUGAGGGUAAAAUAGGUUGUGUUCGAGUGAAAAAAAAAGCAAAAGUUUUCUUUAACGAAUUUAUAAGAUGUGCCCAAUUUUAACUUGAUUCAAUUUGGUAAAAUGUAAAUGAUGUGAUAUUGCUUGUAUUGCUAAAAUUUACAAAUAUAUAUUAUACUCAUAUUUUAGAGAAUACUUGUCAUAUGGAAUGAUUAAAUUAUUGUGAGCAAUUUCUAAGAAGUUUGUAGAGUAUUUCAAAUUAUUAUAUAGAUUAUUUCAAAUUUCAAUUUCAAUUAUUUUGUAGAGUAUUAUAAAUCAUUUAAGUAUCAUGCAUUCUCAAUCUGUGGUCUUUCAUUCAUUUAUUGUUCUACUGAAAUUGAAUAGAUGGAAAUGGAAGAUUCCUAGAAUGUAUGAAAGUUUAAAAGAUGGUAAUGUUUGGCAAAUAAGAACCAACAAUAGAAUACAAUUAUAUGAGCUACCUAAAAUAAUAGUAAUAUCUUCAAUGGUGAAUCUUGAAGUAGCAGCUGAUAUUAUUCCACUUAUAUUUUCCCCCAUUUUAACUGCCUAUAACUUCUAAACGGCUCAAGAUAGAAAUAUGCGGUUUUCGCUGAAAUGUUUUAUUUUAGUAAAAGUUUUGUCUGAAUGGAUUGAAUUUUUUAUAUCGCUUUCAAAUACGAAAAAUAAAAUGGCGGAUUUUUGAAAAAAACGUUGUUGACUUUUUUUUAAUGGAACGCCCAGUAUAUUUUUUGUAAAUUGAAAGAAAGGUCAUUCACCUAUCCAGCGAUAUAAAGUUUUUCAAAAUCGGUUGUCAAAUCACUGAGUAAUUAAUUUUUAAAAUGAGGGGUGCAACGUGGAUAUCACAUACAUACCUAAAUAACAUAACUGGCCAAAAUGUUAUUAUGUUAUGUGAUUUCCACAUUGCAUCUCUCAUUUUAAAAAUUAAUUGCUCAGUCAUUUGGCAACUGAUUUUAAAAAGUUUUAUAUCGCUGGAUAGGUAAAUGACCGUUUUUCAAGAUACAAAAAAAUAUACUGGGUGUUUUAAUAAAAAAAUGUCAACAGCGUUUUUUUUUUUUUCAAAAUCCGCCAUUUUUUAUUUAAAAGCGAUAUAGAAAAUGGUCACUUACCUAAAAACUGGAAAAAACGGUCAUUUAUCUAUCCAGCGAUAUAAAAAUUUUUAAAAUCGGUUGUCAAAUGACUGAGCAAUUAAUUUUUAAAAUGAGAGAUGCAAUGUGGAAAUUACAGAACUUGGUCAGUUAUGUUAUUUAGGUAUGUGAUAUCCACGUUGCACCUCUCAUUUUAAAAAUUAAUUACUCAGUGAUUUGACAACCGGUUUUGAAAAACUUUAUAUCGCUAGAUAGGUGAAUGACCUUUCUUUCAAUUUACAAAAGAAUAUACUGGGUGUUCCAUUAAAAAAAAAGUCAACAACGUUUUUUUUUCAAAAAUCCGCCAUCUUUUAUUUCGUAUUUGAAAGCGAUAUAAAAAAUUCAAUCCAUUCAGACAAAACUUUUACUAAAAUAAAACAUUUCAGUGAAAACCGCAUAUUUUUAUCUUGAGCCGUUUAGAAGUUAUAGGCAGUUAAAAUGGGGGAAAAUAUAAGUGGACACCCGGUACAUAAAACACAAACGUGUUCGUUCUCAAACAAUAUGGUCAAUUUGUCAGAUUACUGUACAUCAAUUUCAUUUAAUAGAAAUUUCGGAUCUGUAAUACCUAAAAAAUAUUUAUUAUUCUUUUUUCUGCCUACCAACUAUCCUACCGUUAGUCAUAGGGUCGGUUUCACCAAUAACAAUAAAUCAAUGAAUUCGUCGAGUAAAAUUGUUUCAAUACCAUUUUGAUAAUUUAAACAUUUUGACGAAUUUUCUUUGUUGUAGAUAUUAUUUAAAGCGAUAUUAACUUGUCAAUUUAUUCGAAGAGUAAAUAGUUAUUUGAUAAAUAAAUAAAUGAAAUGAUAUUUCACGUUAGCGAAACGUAGAUGUGUCAGUUUAUUGGUCGAAUAAGUUUAUUCAUUAAAUAAAUUACUUUUCGUCAUUGGUGAAAUCGGCUAUUAGACACACAGACCUCCCAAUAUCUGUCUGUUCAUUCUAAUUUUCCAGUCAAAAAUUUCAAUUAUCCAUACAAUAUUCAAAGUUGUAGUUAAAUUCAGGGUCUUCUUUAGUCAAAUAGUUAGCGUCUGUUAAGUUCGUUUUACAUCUCCGUGCUAGAUCUGGGUUCUGUGUAUGCGAUGUUUAAUACUUCUUUUCGUCUGAUCACUUAGUUGUACAAUUUUACAUGUCCAAAAUAUAAGAUCCCUUUUGGUACAUGUCUAAAACCAUACACAUGUCAGACAGGAACAAGUUUAAAAAACGGCUAACGGAACAUGGCUUCAAGGCAAGGCAUGGCAAGUCCAUGCAUCUAACUAUAACUUUAAAAUUUUGCAUAGACAAGAAAAAAGUAAAAAUAUAUAUAUUCCCACCAAAUUUACAGAUUUAAUUCUCAAUAGUUGCGUAGAUAUGACAGCAAUCAAUAUUCCGUUAGGUAUUAAAAAAUUGUUUUGCACUGAAGUACUGAAUUUAAAAUUUAUAUUUUGAGGAAUAUGAUAUACAGUGAAAUAUGUAAAUUAUAUUUGUUUACGAAGUUUUGAACGAGCCGGAAAACGCAACAAAAGUAACAAAGUCAUGACAUUUAUGACUUGUGAAAUGGUUGACUAAAGUCCUUUUCAUGAGCAUUUUUCAGUGCGUCACAGUUUUUCGAUUUCUUUCUAACGCAUUAAAUUUUAUGUGACAGAAAAAAAGGCACAUCGGUGAUUACAUACAUUUAUAACAUUUAUUCUAGUUAUCGAUAGAUGGCGCUAUAAUCGAAGAAAAAAUUAUUUACGAAUUAUAUAAUAUAUCUACGAAUGUAAUCUGUACCAUUUUAUAAGACUAUACAAAUAAAAGUAAAUGCCAUUUUAUAAAUGCAAUAAACACAAUUGAUUUGUUUUUAUGCCAAAUUGCAAAUAAAAUGUGAGAACUGUCGGAUUCAACUAAAAUGUCAUGUUAGAAUAAAUGUCAUAAAUGUGUAUUAUCACGGACUUACCUUUUUUUCUAUUAUUUGUGACGCACUGAAAAAUGCUCGUGAAAAGGACUCUAGUUAACCAGCGUCAUUUAUGUAAAUUCCAUAAUCUAAUCUAAUUACAAUUUUUCUCGAUAGAGGAUAACUGGGUAUAUAAAGGGUGUUUCAUUAAUAAUUGGAAAUAAUUUAAGUGUAGAAUCGUGGGCUCAAAAUAUUAAGAUUUCUUCCAAAUUAAUUAAAUAAAAUGUGGCUCCUUACUGAGUUACAGAAAUUUAAAACCUAUCCCAGUACUUUAAAACUAUUUGACAUAUCCUUGUCAAACUUGGCAGAAAGGGUAGGCCUUGUAUAACCUAUGAGUAGAGGGGAUUUGACAGUUUUCGCCAGGGCUGUUAGUGGCAGUUUUGUGCAUUGAAUUUGAACAAUUUUAUCAGAAAAGUACAAGUUUCAAACCGCCAGAGAGCGCUACCGACAAAACUCACAGCCAAUAAAAACAGGUAACCUCUAAGUUUCACAUAAACUUCUUCUUUUUCUCAAUGGCGUCUUCCGUAAGCAGUCAUCCAGUCGCACGAAUUUAUAUAUUAAAUAUUAAAAUUAUAAUGCUUUACUGUAAUUACUUUUACUAUUAAUUCUGUGUAUUCGUUCAGUAAUGAGGUUACAAUAAUAUUUUAGUUCAUAAUUUGUGGUUUUCUACAUAAAUUAAAUAUCUAUUUUUCUCGUUUUGUAUACUUGACAUACACCAAUUUUAUCAGAAAAGUACAAGUUUCAAAUUGCGAGAGAGCGCUACCGUCGAAACUCACAGCCAAUUAUAUUCGCAAAAUUAAAUUUCAACAGAGGGCGCUCAAAAUUUCAAAGAUGGACGACAACUCUAGGAAAACAAUUCAUUUUGUCAUUUGAAUUCACAGUUCUAAAACGUUAAAUUAAAAUCAUUUACAGAAGUGUUUUGCCAAAGUAACCACUAAGUUUUGCAACUAAGACAUCUUAUAAGUUAAAGACGACUCAAAAUUAUGUUUAAUCUGUAUGCAUUCAUUAAAAUUUGAUGCUAACUACUGAUUUGUUUUUACCUUUUUUUUUUUCAUAAAAAAAUCUGGCCCCCGAUAAUCACACAGCGUUCUAAAAAUUAUUAAUCUAUCUUAGGAUUUCUAAUUUUGUUAUUAAUUUAAUUAAUAGGUGCACUACAGUUUAUUUUACACCAGCAGAUAACAAUUUUUAAUUAAAUAAAAACUGGAAACUAAGUAGGUGAAUUUAUUUUAUAAUAAUUGUAUUCUGGAAAUUACGAAGUGGUCGAGAUAUUUUGCAUAACAAUGUACAUUCUAUGUACAGAAUAUAUACUACAUUUUAUUUAUUUAUUUAAUUUUGCAGUCGCUUAAACAUUAAAAAAUACUACGUUUAAUACAAACGUUAAAUUAACAAAAUGUGUGAUUUGGGAUUGGUUAAUUUAGGUCAUUACGUAGAAUAUAAUAGGAAUGAAUACUUAGGAACACUGCAAUAAUUUUUUUAAGUCGAAAUUAUUGUUGAUGCUUUUCAAAUUCGCCACCAGGCGUCGCCCACUUUGCGGUUCCUCGCCAAUUGUGUUAAAUAGUCGUUUCUGGCUACUACCAGAGGCGUACGACAGGAGAAAGUGAACUAACAGUGUAGAUCAGAGAUUCUCAAUCUGUGGUACAUAUCAUUAUUGGCGGUGGUACACAAAACACAGAAAAAAUUAAAAUAGUAGUACUUAGUAAGUACUGAUAAUACGAUUUAAAAAUAUAGGUGGUACCAAAAAUAAUAAAAAUAACUGUAGGUGUAGAUAACAUACUCUUUAUUCAUAACGAUACAGUUAUUAUUUUUCGAGAUAUUUGAAGUUAAAAUUGAAACAGCACAGUUACUUUGAUUAAUUUAUUAAUUAUGUCGGAAGUGAGAAGAUCGUUUAACGUAACGGAAGCAUUGAUAAACUUAUUGAUGUAAAUGGGAACAUUGAACAUUUGUUAUAAAAUAUUUAGUUAAAAUGUUAUUUUUGAUAUUUUCGUGUUAUUAAAAUUGUUCUUUAAUUUAGAUUAUAACAAAAUGAUUCAUUUUAGAACCACAGUUUGUUUCUAAAUGUUGAAUGCUUCUAUUCGUUUCAAGAAAUUUCAUUAAACAACAUUAUUUUUUGUUUAUGCUUUUUCUCAUGAGCAUUUUUUAGUGCGUCACAGUUUUUCGAUUUCUUUCUAACGCAUUAAAUUGUAUAUGACAGAAAAAAAGGCACGUCGGUGAUUACUUUGGUAAUUAUUCUAGUUCGGUGAUUAUUCUAGUUGUCGAUAGAUGGCGCUAUAAUAGAAAAAAAUUUAAUUACUAGUUAUAUAAUAUAUCUACGAAUAUAAUCUGCACAAUUUAUAAGACUAUACAAAUAAAAAAAAAUACCAUUUUAUAAAUGCAAUAAAGACAAUUGAUUUGUUUUUAUGCCCAAUUGCAAAUAAAAUUUGACAACUGUCAGAUUUAACUAAAAUGCCAUGUUAGAAUAAAUGCUAUAAAUGUAUAUUAUCACGGACUUACCUUCUUUUCUAUCAUUUGUGACGCACUGAAAAAUCCUCAUGAAAAGAACCAUAAUAGCGGUUUACAUUCAUUUCAUGUGCGUAAUAAAUGUAAUUCUAUGGUCACUUUCCCAUUUCGUACGCCUCUGGUAGUAGCUAUUUAAUGUAAUUUAGUAGGGUGUAAAGUACCUGCAUUUUCUGCCAAGUAUGACAAGAAUAUGUCAAAUAGAUUUAAAGUAGGUACCGGGUACAAAUAGUUUUUAAAUUUAUAAUAAUAAAGUAAAACACCCUGUAACAGUAAGUAGACACAUUUUAUUUAAGUGAUUUUGGUUACACCGCAAUAUAUAUUUUGAGCCCAGAAAUCUAGUUAAAAUAUUUCCAAUUAUUAAUGAAACACCCUAUAUAGUAUUUUUAUCUACACUACAAACUUCUUUCUGUCUUAAGGAUUUAACAAAACUAGAAUCAAGGUGCACUUCAUAGACUGUUUUUGUGCUUAAUAUUAUUUUACACAUUUAAAGUUUAUUAUUAUUUAGCUAUAAGAUAUAUUGUGUUCAUAGACUAAAUUCCUAAUCAAAAUCAAUGCACCAUUAAAUUUAAAUACACAGUGAUGAGCGCGCUAAUAACCGGCAAAAUAACGCAAAAGAUGGAAAACAUAUUAAGCUGUGAGAUAAAAAGAGAUGAAACUUGUAGAGGUGGAAAAUUUAGCGAUCUAAACCCAUAAAUUUACAUUAUAUUGAUUGUUUCCCACCUUUAGACGUAUCAGAGGAGUAUGUCAACUAAAACUGUCACCGUCACACUGGUAGUUGCCAAACUCCUCCGACACGUCGAAAGGUGGGAAACAAUCAAUAUAAUGUUAAUUUAUAGGUUUCUAUCGCUAAAUUUCCCACCUCUACUAGGUUCAUCUAAAUUUGAUCUCACAACUUAAUAUGGUUUCGGUCUUUUGUGUUAUUUUGCCGGUUAUUAGCGCGCUUAUCAUUGUAUACAUUAGUGGUAAUUAUACAUUAACUAAAUUGUAACAAAAUCUUGUAUAUGUACGGUCUCAUACUUUAACCUUUCUUUAAAUAAAUUUUGGGAAAUUUUGGAAGCAAUAAAUGUUAUACUUCAAAUCAAGCAUAUAUGCUUGAAGGGUUACAGAAGGUCCAAAGCAUAUUUUUGUGGUAGAUAGUAGAUUAUCUCAGAAUAUUUUUAAUAUUUGAUGCAUUAAUUUUAUGCCGGAAUUAGUUUUAUUGUUUUUCUAGGUUUUUACAAGAUACUUUUCAUUGUAACAACGCUACAAACAAUAAAUGCCUUUCUUUUUAGAAAUAAUAUACAUAAGGUGGGUUGUACGUAUUAUUUAAUUAUGUGCUAUUGAAUACUUUCUUCUCUGUUGAGCCUUUAGUAGAAGUUCACCAUUUUAUUACACUGGAUAUUGUCGAACACUUUUUUAAGUUUUAAGUUUAAAUGUUUUUACAGUUUUUCUUACAAUCUCUUACUUGCUUACUGCAAUACACUAAACUUUUAAAUUAUUUUAAAAUUCGAGAUUAUAUUAUUUACAGAUAUAUUUAAAAUUAGCGAGGUACUUAUUCAUGUUUUGUGAGGCUUCAUUGCAUUGAAAAUAGUUAAAUGUAGUUUUAUAUAUUUGAAUAACUUAAUAAUAACAUCUUAAUAACCAAUGGUAACAGUUCCAAAACUAUUUUUUGUUUUGAGUUUUAGAUAUUAUUUACUCAUUUAAUGGGAAUAAACCACAAUUUCACAUUUCAAUUGAAAAUAUGUUAUAUAAUAUAACGUAUUUAGACUAUUUUGUUUUUAUCUGGAAAAUCGUUCUUCCAAUACAAGUUAAAACUUAAGGUACUAGUACACUUUAGAAGACCGAAAAUAUUCAUUUUUUUCAAGAAUUUUUUUCUCAGAAACUUUAUUAAAAAUGAACAUAAAGCUUUUUACAUAUUAAUAUCUAACUUUUAGAGAGUACAAAAAUGUAUCUUUUUUCAUUUAUGCACGUACACUAAUAUUGUAGAGGGCGCAAAAAUGAUGGCGGACAGUUAAUCUCAGGAUUGGGAUAUCUGAAACAAAAAAAUUGUACUGGAUUUGAAAAAGAAAGGUUUCUUACGUGACAAUUUACCACAAUUUGACCAAAAAAUAAAAAAUAAAUAUUUUUUAUCCAUGAAAAACUGAAGAAAAACCGGAGAUUUCUUCACAAAAAUUUUUCAAAUUUCCGUAAAAUCUUUUUUUUGCGGAAUUUUUCACUAACGGUGGUAAAUUGUCACGUAAGAAACCUUCCCUUUUCAAAUGCCGUACGAUUUUUUUGUUUCAGAGAUCCUAAUCCUGAGAUUAACUGUCCGCCAUCGGAACUACUUUUUUUCGAGGCCUCGACUUUGGUGCACUCUUCAAUAUUAGUGUACGUGCAUAAAUAAAAAAAUAUAUAUUUUUUGUAUUCUCUAAAAGUCAGAUAUUAAUAUUUAAAACGUUUUUUGUUCAUUUUUAAUAAGGGUUCUGAAAAAAAAUCUUGAAAAAUGCUUAUUUUUGGCCUUCUAAAGUGUACUAGUACCUUAAACUUUUUCAAAUAUAUCGUAUUUUCAAUUAAAAUUUUCAAUAAAGCAUUCUUAUUUCUUUCUAAUCUGACACUCCAAAAUAUCAUUUAAUUUAUAAAAAAACACUUUGAUUAAGUUAACAAUCAAUGUAAACUAGUUUUGGAGAGAAAAGUUGUCAUAGAAAAGUCACAAAGUUCAUUUUUUUAUUCAUUUAACUUUUUUAAUGCGAUGUUGCUAUUAGAGAGAUAUCGCAAAGGUUAACGUUAAUAACGUGUCAAGACGUAAAUAAGGGAUAAGAGUCUAUUUCAACACAGGCAUCAAGAGAGUUAUCGCAAAUGUUUUGGGGCGGGACUUAACGUUAUUAUGACAACCGAAGUUUGGAAUUAAAUGUAACCUAGAAAUUAAUGUUAAGGAAUACUGUAAAUGUUUUUAUUGAAAAAUUAAUUUGGAGAUUGAGCAAUGGUUUAACCAACAAUAAAUAUAAAUAAUCAGUAUAAAAAUAAUAUAAAAUAUCUGAAUAGCUAAUAUCCUAAGCACAAAAAGUAGUCUAUUGUAAACAAAAUAAGAACACAAGCAUUUGUCAACACAGGAAACAAGAUGAUUUACAAUUUUUAGUUUAUAAAAUUUGUAUUCUACAAAUUAUUUUUAUGUUUCGUCCCAAAUGUCAAAUUAGCGUUAACGUUUCGAGGUUUGUUCCAACUCGAUACAAAACCGUUCUUGAAUCGUUACGCGCAUGUGCAAUAACGAAUAAUUAUGCGCAGUAACACAUUGUUCGUUACUGCGCAUACUCGUAACCGUUCGAGAAAGGUUUUGUAUCGAGUUGGAACAAACCUAUUACCGUCCCUUAUUUCGACCUAAAUAGCGGGACACGUUAUCCGGUAUUAGCGUAACAUUCACUUUGCGCUUGCGUACAUGUCAAAAUAGCGUAUUCCGCUAUUAGCGUGCGGUAAAAAUGCAUUUGCGAUAUCUCUCUAUUGACUUUUAAUGUACCUUCACAGACAUUGUUUAAAUAUUACGCAAUGAACAACUUAUUUAUAAGUUAUAAUAUAACAGUUGCGGUAAAGUCGGCGUAUAACUAUGUAUUAACUAGUAACCCAGGUUUGAGACACUAUGCAUAAGCAAAAUUGUAUAUUGUUUAAGUAAGUAAGCAUUUUUAUAAACUAUUUGGUUCUUGUUUUCUUAUGUACAUACAUUGAAGCAUUCACAGUUUAUUUAUAGUUUACAAUUUUAACCACUUAUUUAGUAUUAAUCCCGAUUCUGUAAUAAAAAAAACGAGAAUAUCAAUAAUUGCUAACAGCUAACAUUCACUCAAGUAGGCUUUGAUCUAUACACAGUGUUAUUUAGAUAUUGCAUCAGUCUUAUUCCAAAGAUAUUCCAAAAUCUUAUUCCAAAGAUGCAAAUAAUUGAUACAUGAGAUAUAAAAUAGCAUGAAAAUAUAUAGUUUAGUAGAAAUAUUCUGAAUAUACCUUACAGGUAUACAAAGGAAGGAGAUUGUUUCUUCGUAAGGGACAGUGGGGGAAUGGUGCGCACUCCGUUGUAAAUUCUUUAAAUCUAUCAUAACGGCUAGUAUGUUACAGUAAGCUCUAAUUAUUCUACUUUUAAUAUUUAAAAUAGGUUUUAGAGAAAUACAAACUACUAAAGCAGAAUAUUAAAAAACGAAAGAAGUGCCUUUGCUUACGAUUCCUCAUCCAUGAGGGUAAUCAUGCGCACGGAUUGGUAAAUGGUGCGCACUGAAUAAUGUUUUUAUAAAAUUCUUUAUUGUUCUUUUCUGUUUUCCAGCAAAUACAACAUGUCCCUAGGUGCAGCUUGUUUUCUGGUGGUGGAAUGAAACUUAAUUUUAUAUCAUAUAAUUUGUCUUCAUCGAUAAUAUCUGACAAAUCAGUGUCUGUUACAUCAGACUACACAGGUGUUAGCUCCUUUUGCACUCUCUUCUUGUUUUGUUUGCCUUCAAGUUUUUUUCUCUCUGGCGAGAUAUCUAGCGAUUUUUUAACAAAUCAUUUUUGAACAGUUUUCUUGCUGCUUUCUGGUCCUCCUUUCUCGUGAGAUUCACGUACCUUAGUCAUCUUUUUUCCUUGGCGUUCUCCAAUUUUAUCUUCAUUGGUGAGCUUGUAAGAUUUUUCGAUUGUUCGAGAUUUUCUUUUAAAUUCUGGUUUAACUCGUGAUAGAUCAACAUGAGUGGAAUAUAAUUCUCUCCAGCACUCAUGCAAUAAACGAUCAUGAUAGUUCUUCCACUAUCAACAAACAGAGCCUACAUUUGUAGCUCCUCUAGGUACAUAAACCCGUUUGUCUUUUUCUUGAAGUCGAUCUUGAAUGUCGAAAGCUCUUAUCGUUUCCCUUAUUUUUUUGCCGGCAUUUCUAAUUGCAUACAGAGGAUUUUGUAAAUCUUCGUUAGUAUAUAUGUAAGAAUCAUAGAUUUUUUAGUGUAGUUUUAUAGCCUCUGGAAAGGAAAAUGGUGACUUUAUUAUUUACCACUUCAUUGUUUGUGGGGGAAUCAUGCGCAAUCCUGCGCACUAUUACCCCUUUACGCCUUAAAUAGCAAACGUCGUCACAAACAAAAAAAUACUAGACCAUAUAAACCAACAGAUGCACCAAAAUGUACAGAAAACAACAUGAUUUAAAUCAAAAGCAGUUAAGCAAUCAAAGCAAUUUAAUAAAACCUACGAACUUAGCGUCUUAAUUUUUGGAGCAGAAAAACUAAAAGAAUUCUUGCGAUUUUCAAUAAUCGGAUCUCACUCAGUCCCCGUGCAACAUUCGACUGAAGAUAAUGGCGUCAACCGUUCAUGAGAUCAUCAAAAGGUGUAGGACUUGUUGAGUUCUUAAAAUCAUCCACGGAAUUUGAAAUACAAUGCAGCGCAAGAUUACCCGCUGCGGACCAUUCCCCCACUUUCCUUUAUAUCCAUCAAUUUUAAUUUAGUGCCUGAUAUGUCAGUAUUGAAUUCAUCUUAGUUUCAGUGUAACAAGAUGAAUAAUAUUGAAUGAAUAUAAAAGGUGAAAAUCUAAACAAAAACUGUUUCCACAAUCGAUUCCAAUGUAUCAAUGCAUUCCAAAGUACAUAUAAGUCAGAGUUGCUUGAGUUUUAGUGAAACGGUGCAUGCUUGUUAUACAAUAGAAUAUUUCAGGUGUUAUUUACAUAUUUAUAAAAACAUAUUCCAGAUAAGUAAUAUUUUUAGAAACAAUUUUUAUAUUUGUCCUUUUCAAUAAAUAUUUUAUGAUAA